CGGGCGGCCGAUGCUUACCUUUUCCCAAACUUGAACUUCACCUAAUUCUACUCGGAUGGCGGAAGCAGGGCACCGUCCUCCCCUGCAUCGCCGGCGGAUAUAAUCUCAGCUCUUACCUUUCUCUCCCUGUCUCGCCAGAUUCCUGUCCAAUGGAGGAACCGACGGCGGCCGGCCCCGACUGGUCCAACCUGCCGCCGGACGUCCUCACCACCGUCCUCGGCGACCUCGAGUUCCCGGAUCUCUUCCGCGCCGCCGACGUCUGCACCGCCUGGCGCGCCACCGCCCGCGCCCUCCGCCGCCUCGGGAUCUACAGCCGCCCCCAAACCCCCUGCCUCUUCUACACCACCGCCGCCGGCGCCGAGCUCUUCAGCCUCGCCGACAAGAAGGCCUACAGGGCGCGCCUCCCGGACCCUCCCAUCAGGGAGCGCAACAUCAUCGGCUCCUCGUACGGGUGGCUCGUCACCGCCGACGCCCGCUCCGAGAUCCACCUCCUCAACCCCGCCACAGGCGAGCAGGUCGCGCUCCCCUCCGUCGCCACCAUCGAGCAGGUAAGCCCCGUCCUCGACCGCGACGGCAACCUUGAAAGGUCUCGGAAGAGAAUGGUCUUGCUUAUCAUAAAUAAUUUACUCCAGAACUAUUCUGGUGUAGUUGGUCUGUGAAGAAGACAGUAUGCUAGUGGGAAGAAAUGAUGUUGCUUGUCAUAAAUAAUUUACUCCAGAACUACUCUGGUGUUUCUGCCUAUACUGGUCUGGUCUGUGAAGAAGACAUAGUAAUAAUUGUGUAAUUUAGGUUCAAAAAAAUUGUAUGCACAGUGAACAUGAGGACAAUUGGGCCACUUAGCUGUCAAUUGUUAUUUGAAAAUUAACUGCAAGAGGUUGUCUUGGUGCUGCAUAGAGAAAAUGCAUGUUUGAUCCGUUUCUAAUUGGGAAUGGUAUUGCAUGGCAGUCAUGUGCUGAA